AUGCCUACCCGAACCUCCAAGACCCGCAAGCACCGCGGUCACGUCUCCGCCGGAAAGGGACGUGUUGGCAAGCACAGGAAGCAUCCAGGUGGUCGUGGUCUGGCCGGUGGUCAGCACCACCACCGUACCAACAUGGACAAGUACCAUCCCGGUUACUUCGGUAAGGUUGGUAUGCGAUACUUCCACAAGCAGCCCAACCACUUCUGGAAGCCUGUCGUCAACUUGGAGAAGCUCUGGUCUCUCGUCCCCGCCGAGACCCGUGAGGCUUACGUCUCCGGCUCCAAGAAGGACACCGCCCCCGUCCUCGACCUCCUCUCCCUCGGCUACUCCAAGGUCCUCGGCAAGGGCCGUCUCCCCGAAAUCCCCCUGGUUGUCCGCGCACGAUGGGUGAGCAAGCUGGCAGAGAAGAAGAUCCAGCAGGCCGGCGGUGUCGUUGAGCUGGUUGCUUAG